GCUCUUGAAAAAAAACUGUUCUGAACAUCUUCAUAACGUUUCUCCUAAGUGAUUCAGUUCCGCUACAGUCAUGUGGCUCCUUGGUUUAGCAUUGUUGAGUUUGAGCCUCCUGUACAGAUGGUACAGACAGAGUCAGAUAUUGGACAAUCUCUCAGAUAAAUAUGUCUUCAUAACCGGAUGUGACACUGGAUUUGGAAAUGUGCUGGCCAAGCAACUGGACAAACGUGGAAUGAAGGUUUUGGCAUCCUGCCUGACAGAGAAAGGGGCCAAGAAUCUGAAGAAGGAGACCUCUAGUAGACUGCAAACCAUAAUUCUUGAUGUCAGUGAUAGAGAGAAUGUUAGAUCUGCUACCAAGUGGGUUUCUACUAUAGUCAAAGAUAAAGGUCUUUGGGGUCUGGUGAACAAUGCAGGCAUUGGUGUUCCAGGAGGUAUUAAUGAAUGGUUGACUACAGAUGACUUCUUGAAGAUUCUGAAAGUAAAUCUGAUAGGAGUUAUUGACGUGACACUUAAUAUGUUGCCAAUGAUACGGAAAGCACAAGGCCGUGUUGUGAAUGUAGGCAGUGUGGCUGGCAGAAUAAGUAUCUGUGGUGGAGGAUACUGCAUAUCAAAGUUUGGAGUAGAAUCCUUUUCUGACAGUCUUCGACGAGAAAUGCUUCCAUUUGGAGUGAAGGUUUCUAUAAUUGAGCCUGGCUUUUUCAAAACCGAGGUAACAAAUCCAGAGUUACAAAUGCAAAAUGUUAAACUCACAUGGGAGCAAGCAUCAGAAGAAGUCAAGAAAAGUUAUGGAGUAGAGUAUUUCAAGAAAAGCUAUGAGUAUGCUGACAGCGUAGCAUCCUUCUGCGCCACAAAGCUGUCUCUUGCUACAGAUUGUAUGGAGCAUGCACUGACCGCAGUUCAUCCCUGGACACGUUACUCUGCUGGAUGGGACAGUAAAUUCAUCCUGAUACCGUUCUUAUACCUGCCUUCAGUUCUCACAGACUUCAUCCUAACUAUGGGACAGCCGAAACCAGCCAAAGUGAUUUCAUCUUCUACUAAGUAAUUGACUAAGACUGAGUUCACGCUUCAGUUAUUUGGUCAGUUAUUUCCAUCAGUUUUUGUGAGCUAAAACCAGUAGUGAAACCUACUCAGAGAUAAGGUAUAAUGGAAAGAUCUGCUCCUGUUCUGUGUUUUUGACACACACCUGGUUUUGGCUCACAAUAACUGAUGGAAAUAACUGACCAAAUAACUGAGUGUGAACUCAGCCUAACAUGUGUCACCAGGGUUUUCUUGAUAAAAGCAAAACGAACAAAUACCAGUUCAUGGCUUGUGUCUUGUAUUACAGUUCUAUUGAGGUAGCUACAAUACCAAACACUACCUGUGGACAAGUGUGUCACUGUUCUUGGAGGAAAGAAGCCAUGUUUCCCAAAUCUUUAAAAUUUACUCAUCUGAAGCUACUUUCACACUAGCGUUUCUAUUUUCCAGUAUUGAGAUCCGUCAUAGGGUCUCAAUACCGGAAAAAAAAGCUUCCGUUUUGUCCCCAUUCAUUGUCAAUGGGGACAAAACGUAACUGAGCAGAACUGAAUGCUCCAAAAUGCAUUCCAUUCCAUUAGCAUGCUCCUGUUUUCUCUCCAUCAUGAUGGAAAUCACUGACCAAAACACUGACGUGUGAAUGAGGUAUUAGGAGGCACCCUAGAAGAACUUGAUCUUGGCAAGGAAUGGGCUACUCUGUCAGCUUGAAAACAAGGUGAUUCCUACAGCAGCCCAA